ACUGGAGCUUCGGUGCUGACUUUUUCAACUUUUAAUAUCUGUACUUUUGGGACUCAUAGUUAACACUGACCCAGCAUGAAAUGUCAUGCAGCAGCCUCCAUGAUAACCUGAGGGUCAGCAGCUGCAGCUCCUUGCUGUCGGCAGAACAGAGAGCAGGUCUGACGUUUAUUACAUCGGAGUGGACAAACAGCUCACCUCUGCCAGGGAAACCGGCUCCCCAGCUGCAUUUGAUGAACUGUUUAAAUUCCACUUUGUGUUCAGCCUGUCCUAUGAAGAGUCCCUGGCCCUGAUUUACACCUCUGUGCAGCCGACCGUUUAUAACGCCGGCGCCGAAACAACAACUGAGACCCCCCCUGUGAACUGCAGGCGAAACAAAAAAUGAUUCUCAACUCGAGGUACCACGAUGGGAAGCAAUGAACAUCAUCAACCAGGAUGGGUGGAGGAGGAUCAUGGAGGAUGUUCACAUCGGAUGCCAGAAAUCAUCAUUUGAAACAAGGCCGCUGUAACUCGGGGGGCUUUAGGACCCGGCAGAGGUACCAUAGUGAACAUCUGUCGCCUCCGUCUCCUCACUAUGAAUUGCGCCUGGGCUCCGGUCUGAAGACAGUCAGGCGGCGGCAGGAGGACCGGAGAGGAUCCGGGAUGCGAGCAGAUGCCGCUGGACGAUGAGAGAAAGUAGAGCCAGACGCACUGAGCUGCAGGGAUAAGACGGAGCUCCGCAAAAUGAAGACACCUAUGCGCCAUGGGAUAGCUGUGCUCCUCGUGCUUCUCAUGUGCGCCAGCUUGUUCCUCGUGUACAACGGAAGCUUCAACGGCACUUCUUCCAGGGACGCUAACGACACACACACACAAACACACACCCGGCAGCAUGAGCAGCGGCCCACUGAAGCCUCCGUCAGGGCGCCCAAGCCUCACCCCCCCAUCCUACAGGGAUACAGCGGCAUCAUCGACCAUAAGCCUCCCAGGAUGCACUGCCAGACCUGCGCCCUGGUGACGAGCUCAGGUCAUCUCCUCGGAGGCGGACGGGGGGAAGAGAUCGACCAAGCCGAGUGCGUCAUCCGGAUGAACGACGCCCCCACCGCCCGGGGUUACGCUCCAGACGUGGGUCGCCGCACAUCCCUGCGCGUCAUCGCUCACUCCAGCAUGCAGCGUGUCCUGCGGAGCCGCCACGAGCUGCUCAACGCCAGCCAGGACACCGUGUUCAUCUUCUGGGGCCCCAGCAGCUACAUGAGGCGCGACGGGAAGGGCCUGGUGUACAACAACCUGAGACUGAUGAACCAGGUGCUGCCCAAACUCAAAGUCUACAUCAUCUCCUGGCAGAAGAUGCUUCAGUUCGACGAGCUCUUCAAGAAGGAGACCGGCAAGGACAGAAGAGUUUCUAACUCCUGGCUGAGCACCGGCUGGUUCACGAUGACCAUAGCCCUGGAACUGUGCGAUAGGAUCAACGUGUACGGCAUGGUCGCCCCCGACUUCUGCAGGGAGCCGCAGCACCACUCCGUCCCGUACCACUACUACGAGCCCCGGGGUCCAGACGAGUGCGCCAUGUACAUCUCCCAUGAGCGCGGGCGGCGGGGCAGCCACCACCGCUUCAUCACAGAGAAGCGGGUCUUUGCUAAGUGGGCUCGGACUUUUGACAUCCACUUCUACCAGCCGGACUGGACACCCCCGCCUCUCCCAGCCAACCGGACUCUAGAAGCCACAGCCACCGCGGCGCCCCUGGUACCCCAAAAGACGUGACCUGUGUUGGGGUGGAGAAAAUCCCUGAGAGAUUCAUCUGGGAAAAGACUAAAGAUGGGGAUGAUUGCAUUUAGGCCUGCUGGACGCUUAACAGAGAGGAUAAAACAUGAAGAAGGCAAGAUAUAGUUACCACAGAAGAAGAGUCCUGCUGGAUAUUUGGUGCCAACAUUUCUCCGGAUGCAGCAGCGUGUUCGGUUCACUGAGUUCAAAGUUGUACAUCCAUUGUACAACCUUGCAAAGCGAGUUUUUACAAGGAGACAACCUCAUUACACACUCUCAAUGUAUGCAUGCAGUGUCUUACUGUGGAUCCUCCUCAUCUCUGAGUGUGUGUGUGUGUGUGUGUGUGUGUGUGUGUGUGUGUGUGUAUGUGUAUGCGCUGUAUGUUUACCUGAGGGACCGCAGCCGAACUAACUUGAGUUUGGGCUCUCCACAAAGCCUCUGCUGGAUGAAGGAUCUUUGCAGGAUUCGAGGCUCACAGUUCUCUGAAAGAAAAAUACCAUUACAGUUCACCUAAUCUGACAUGUAGAGCUCGAGACAGUGCCGGAUGAAUACCUAUAAUGGUUUAGUUAAAUCCAACUGUGUAAUCAUCAGCAUUAUUCUCUCGCUGAAGAGGUCGCGUCAGAUACGAUUCUUUAGACGCCUGGGCAGUGCAACAAAGCUGGUAUAAAUCACUUCCCUGACUUUCAUUUGUACUACCAUUCAGCUGUGCAUUGUAAACUCACAAGUGUCAAACAAGUCAAACUUUGCACUGCAUUCCGACCCGGCUGAGUGACAUGCGUGUGCUAUUAACUGGAAGGUUUUAUCUCAUGUGUGGGCGCCUCCUGGGCCCCGUACGUAGCCUAUGUAUCAAAAGGCCUUGUCGGCUGCUGUCACCACCUAAUAGUGCAAUUUAUAUCGCUACAAGCCGGAUUUCCAUGUAAAUGCACAGCCAUGUCGCACAAGACAAGUGGGAGAUUAAAAUCAAGAGCAGGGAUGCAGCGGCGCCAUCCAUCCUACUCCACAGCGCUCAUCUGCGGCCUGAAUCUCCGCGCAGGAAAAUGACAGUUUUUUGUUAAACUGAUGAGUAUGUGAUGAGUCGGUCUUCUCCUCUCCUGCUCUCCAUUGUGUUUUAUGUGCCCUUCCUCUCAUUUGAUGGAGUGUAUGCGGCUUGUAGACUAGCCCUUCCUCUGUAUCCUCUAUUUCCUCCUCCAUGAAUAAGAAUCAGGUGUCUGCAGAAAGCGAUGAGACGUGUGGUUAUCUUGAUGAUUCUGGUCCCAAGUCCUUAUCGAUUUUCCCCUCAUCUCUGUAAUGUAAGUAAUGAGAGGAGGAAUGCUGUGGGUCAGAUACAGAGGGGCUCACACGAGGAUGAGUUUCCCAUCGUGGACGUGGCGAUUACUGUUCGUACAUCACAGAGAGCUGCAGGAGUGAUGCUACAGUACUGAGAGUCCUGCUGCUGCGUCUGUGCCGUAGGAGAGACAAAGAUAUGUGUUUGUUUACUCGUCUGCAACUGGCUGUGCACGGCGGUGUGUAUCAGCAGAGUGAUACGCACUGUCAAGCUUUGUCUUUUUGGGCUGCAAGCUAUUUCCAUUUUAGAUUAAUUGUUUGAGCUCUGAAAUGUCAGAAAUGAGUCACAAGUUUCUGGAGUCCAAGGUGACAUUUUCAGAUUGCUGGUUUUGUUUAAACAGGUGAAAAUCCAAAGAUAUUAAACUGGUAUUUAACUGUAAAACAGAGAAAAGCUGAAAAUCCUCUCAAAACACAAGGUGACACCAGUGAACAUUUCAAAGGUUUGCUUUAUGGAUAACUUCAAAGGUUUGGCAUAUGGGAAAUAUGAUUACUCCCUUCGUGCAGAGAUUCACGUUGACUUAUCUCUCAUAUCUGUACAGUGAAAAUGUAGCUGAACCAGCUGAUGCUUACAGUAGCUUAGCAUAAAGUCAAAAUUCAACGAUUAGACAAUUUGUUGUUUUACCGUGGGUAACGUGCCCGACUAUUGUUACUCCCAGCCAAGAAAAACAGCACACACUAAACUGUUUUUUGCUGCUUUUGUAAGGAUAGAUGAAAACAUAGCACAAAUCAUGUAAUACCUAGUGAUCUUUGGAUAGUGGUGGAAUAUAAUAAGUAUAGUACAAGUAGAUCAAGAGUAUUCCUUUAUUGACUACUGCUGAUAUUCCUCUACAUUUCAGAGGGAAAAGUCAUUUUUAAUAGCUAAUUUGGCUCUAGAUUGAUGAACGUGAUCCCUGAAAUGCUGUAUUUGUACAUAAUAAAAACAGAAUAAUAUCAAAUCCUUACACAUUGAAAGGAGACAUAAUGCAGAUCUCUGUCUUUUACUUAUAUUUUAGGUACAUUUAGCUGAUAACUGUGUACAUUAACAUAAGUAAUGGCCUUUUACUUGUGACUGAGUAUUUCUGGAUGGUAUCUUUACCUUUAAUUAAAAAGGACUUCAUCCAACACUGUCUUUGGAUAGGCCGUGGAUAACUGUGGUUCCCUGUUUGCUGUUUGGAUGCUAUGCUAACUAAGCUAAGCUAACCGGCUGCUGACUCAGCUACAUAUGAACUGUACAGACAGGACAGUGGUGUCAGUCUGUACUCUCAGAAGAAGGCACACUUCUCAAAAUGUCAGCCAUGCCUUUAAAAGGGUUGACAAACUGUUUCAAAUGUAUUUCCUUCUGAAGGACUAAUUGAGUAUUAAUUCAGCACUGAUGUUGUUAAUCUGAUUCUUUUGCACAUGAUGGAAAUGUGUCAUUCCACUCAAUAAAACAGGUUUACCAACA